AUGUACGGGGCUGCCUUCAACGCAUCUGGCUCAGCCGUCGUUCUCGGCGGCAACAUCACCGCAGAGGUACCCGUAUCGCUCAGCUGGAUCUUCGAGAAGCGCAUCUACGAAAACGACAAGGAAAACUCUACAGAAAACGCCUUAUAUCUUAGACCUAAGGAUACUCAGUUUAGCAAAACCGUCGACGGGUGGUACGCCUGCUGGGUCGUCGCUACCAUCCCGGAUAGCCGCAAGAGUACAGAGCAAGUCCUCACAAACUGUACAGGCACCGUAAGCAGUGACUGUCUCUACAGGCUAAACAAGCUUGUCUGCGGCCCUGACGCUAGUCCUGUUGACCUAGACUUGCAAAAAGCAUGUGGAGAGAAUGUGGUGAUUGGUGGAAUGAAUUAUACCACCCUGCAGCAACAAUUGGGCGAUGCCAUUCCAGUAGUUGGCGUGUCCGGCCCGUCCAGUAACUACGACAAGUACAUGAAGGAGAACGUGGUGGCUGCUCUGUCGUUUGCGCGCAAUGCCAACGGUGUUGCAGCUUCUCAGAAGCUAGACCCUUCUGUGGCCUGUUUUGGAAUUGAAAAGGUCAGACCGGGAAGCAAAGAUUUGCAAACUGUGCUCAAGUCAUCGGCCUCGUUGGUCGCGGUCUCCUAUGCUGCUGGCCUUGCUGCGCUGCUGGCAGCCCUUUGAACGGGG